CGAGCGUAUUAAUAGAGCGCACCACCAGCUGUCAAAUAUCAAAACUCUUCCGUUAUUUAAAACUGGUCUGGAUUCAUCCUGUUUGCCUUUGGAUUGUUAUCACAGGGCGGUUUUAACCCUUAAACCCAGUCGUUAUGUGUUAUAAACAACAUUAUCACCGCUAGCUUCGUGUCGCUUUUUAAUUCACGUCGUAUUCUUGGAUUCAUCAAACAUGGAGAAAUUUGAGGGUUACAUUUUCACAGCUCUCUGCAGCACCAACUUUUUCAUAUCCUGCCUUGUGUUCUCCAGAGUCACCCGGGAGCAAAGGGAGCCCUACAUGGAUGAGAUUUUUCAUGUUCCCCAAGCUCAGAAAUACUGCAGUGGAAGAUUCAACGAGUGGGACCCAAUGAUCACCACUCUCCCAGGCCUGUACCUUGUCUCUGUGGGAGUCAUCAAGCCCGUGGUGUGGCUGGCUGACAUGACAGGUGGCGUGGUGUGUUCCACAGCCAUGCUGCGCUUCAUCAACCUGCUCUUCAACUGUGGCAACCUCUACCUGCUUUAUCUCCUCACCUGCAAACUGCACCUGAGGGAAAAGACACGGACAACUUCACGCAGAGUCCUGUCAGCGCUGUCUUUAUCGACCUUCCCUGUGCUCUACUUCUUUAACUUCCUGUACUAUACCGAUGCUGGGUCUACUUUCUUCAUCCUCUUCACCUACCUCAUGACGCUCUACGGCUGCCACAAGGCCUCGGCGCUCCUAGGUGUCUGCUCCAUCCUCUUCCGUCAAACAAACGUCAUCUGGGUGGCUUUUUGUGCUGGCACUUUGGUCGCCGCCAAGAUGGACGAGACUUGGAGGGUGGAGCAGACAAAAAAGAGGGAUGAAAUGAAAUCCCAGGUGCCACUGUCUUUCAGUGGUGCUAAGAAAGUCCUGCUCUUCACAUUGGAGUUUUUCACCUCGCCUGCUCAUAUGAAAGCGGUUCUGCUUCUGGCUUGGCCUUAUGUACUUGUGGGUGUGGGUUUCGUGGUGUUUGUGGUGCUGAAUGACGGGAUUGUGGUGGGUGACAGGACGAGCCACGAGGCUUGUCUCAACUUCCCUCAGCUCUUUUAUUUCUUCUCCUUUGCCCUCUUCUUUGCCCUUCCUGCCACUCUUUGUUCCUACCGCAUCCUUCGCUUCGUGCAGGCUUUGAAAAAACAGCCUUUCUUCUUCCUGAUGGUGACUGGUGUCUGUCUGCUUCUCGUGUGGAAGUUCACUUUCGUCCACAAGUACCUCCUGGCCGAUAACCGUCAUUUCCCCUUCUACGUGUGGAAAAGGCUCUUCCAGAGGCACGAGCUGGUGCGCUACCUCCUCGUCCCUGCUUACGUGUUUGCUGGAUGGAGUUUUCUGGACUCCCUUAAGUCCCGCUCACUCUUCUGGAGCUUAGCGUUACUGGUGUGCCUCCUGGCAGCCACUGUGCCCCAGAAACUUAUGGAGUUCAGGUAUUUCAUCAUCCCGUAUUUGAUGUACCGCCUGCAUAUGCCCCUCCCCUCUCUCCCUAGACUCAUCAUGGAGUUCCUUCUCUACACGGCGAUAAAUAUCGCCACAAUUUACAUCUUUAUCGCGAAGACCUUCCACUGGCCGGACAGCACAGCCACACAGAGGUUCAUGUGGUGAACAAAAAGGAGCGAACAAAACCACUGUUACAUCUCAGUCGGAGACAAAAAUGAUUGAUAUUUUUCUCCGUUUCUGUACAGUAUCACUAAAUUCACAAGCAACAGGGUUCGACAUACUGAGAUGCAAUGUGGCUAGUUUUGAAAAACCUUGUAAACCUACAUGGGAUGGUCCACAUUCUUACGGUUUAUCGUUUUGAUUGAUUUUUCAGUGGCACAACCCACCAUUCUGCCAAUUUAUUUAGAAUCACUUCACAAAGACUGUUGAUUUUGUAAAAACGAUCCAAGUUUUCUUUUUGACAAAUGUUGGUAUUGCUAUAAUAGAUAGAAUAUGUAAUAAUAAAAUCCUUCGUACUGCUUGGAAAAAAGUUUUACUGAGAAUUUACUGCAUUUAAAAUUAUUUCUACAUUUAACACUUUUCUGAAUAAUGAAUCUUGUAAAGGUUGGAAAAACAAUCAUCUAAUUUGUACAUUUUCUUAUGUCAAAGUGCUUUGUACUGUAAUUGUAAAUAUGCAGCUAUGUAAUUUGUUCUUUUGAGAAAUAAUUGUUGACUGAUCUGUAAAUAAAAUGAAUGAGACCAAAAAAAAGACAUAGCCAUAUUGUAAAAGUGAAGAAUUUUUAUUGUAUGGGGUGUUUUGAAAUGACAGGGAUAUUUGUUUUUCAUUAGUGUUGACCUAUGAUGCAAACAUUUGAUCCACAACUUUAUUUUUAAGGGUCUAAUAUAAAGAUACACAUUUUCAGUUUGAAUCAUUUUUGUUGCUUUUAUUUUUUUGUACUUUGUGGUUCAGUUGUGAUAGAUGCUGCCUUCUUUUUUCCCCAUUCCUAUUCAAUUUGCCUAAUUUGUUUGCAGAUGAUUAUUUUUUGUCCUUUGGAAUUUUUGGGCAAGAUGAAGAGUUUUUGUGAUAUUGUGUAAGUUGUAGUAGAAUUUAUCAUUUUCCAAUUCAUUACAUUGAAGUCUGUGUGUGUUUCUGAGUCUGUUUUAUUAAUCUGUCCAGUAUUUGUUUCCUGGUGUCGUUGCACCUGUUUGUUUCUCCCACAUUGUGAAUGUUGUGUAGAACUUUAAAAUAAAAUCACUCAUGCACA